AUGGACAUUCGAUCGAUUCCGACCGCGGGAGCGAUCGAUUCCGACCGCGCUCGUCGUUCCACCUAUUCCCUUUCCGUUUCUAGUUUUUUUUCCUUUUCUGGAAAGCCCAGUCGUCCGCCUAUUCCCUUUCCCCUUUCCAUCCCCUCCUCCACUGCAGCUGCCCUGCUGCCCCCUCCUCGGCGAGGCGCCUCACGAGCGCCGCGAGGUCAGCGCGGGAGCCGCGCCCGCACGAGCGCCGCGAGGGAGGUGGCCAAUACGGCGAGGCGCCGCGCCCGCACGAGCACCGUGAGAUCAAAGUGCAGCAGCAGCCAAUACGGCGAGGCGCAGCGACUGCACGGGCUCCGCGAGGUCCAGGGGCGGAAGCAGCCAAUACGGCGAGCGGUGCCUGUCCGGCGACCAUACGGCCUCCGCGGCGUGCUCGACCUUGCUCCUACGCCUCCUACCCGGGCUGGACCUCCCCCCGGGCGUCGUCCCCACCCGCAUCACCAAGCUCCCCAACGGCGUCCGCGACUCGGCGUCGCCUCCGAGGAUUUCCAGGGAGCAGCACAGGGAUGGCGAUUUUGGCAGCUCUGCUCUGAUGAUGCCGUCAGAGCACAGCUUGCUCGUUUUCAGCAUGAGGAAGAAGAUGAUUUGACAGGGAGCAGCACAACUUGCUUGUUUUGUUUCUCUGUAGCAAGUUAUUCUAUAAAUACUGAACACUAUGCAAGGAAAUCAGCAGCUGCCAUUGUUCAAGAAUCAAAUUAUUGUAUGAAUUCUGAACAUUUGCAAAGAAACUGUUGCUCCUUUGGAUCGAUGCCGGAGGCGGGACUGACUGACUCACCGCUGUUUCUUCAUCCGCAACACGUUCAGAUUAACACCGAGGCUCCCUGCCGUUCACAGCGUCUUGCCAAGUACAAUACUACAACCAGCUUCUGAGGAUCGAGGAGGAGCUGGGCGACGCUGCGGUGUACGCUGGCCUCAAGUUCGCCUGACUUCCAUCAAAGUGUAAUCAUGUUGUACACAGUACACUGUUCUCCAUCGGCGUCGACUCCCAAGGUCUGGUUCGGUUCGGUCCGCCCCUUUCGAUGCUCCCCAUUCAUCUGUUUAGCCUCAAAGAUUUGCAAUUUAUUCGUUCGUUUCCAAGCAUCGGCAGCAGCUGGCAUGACGAGCACUGCACAAGGUCCCUGCUGCCUGCUGACUGUCAAUGGCUCCCUUCCCUGCUGCAGGUAGCAUCUUCACUUAUUCAGUUCAGACAUGCAGAGCAAAAAAUAUGUGGCCAGCUGAAUUCUAAAUAACGACGUCAGUUCAGACAUGUUAAGAGAAUCAGCAGAUUUCAUUGUUAAGAGAAUGAGCUAAUUCUCUGAAAAUCGUUUUGUUUUUCUGUAGCAAAUUAUUGUAUGAAUUGUAAACAUUUGUGCAAAGAUACUGUUGCUCUGAACAUUAUUCAAACAACAGAGAUAGAGCACAGUCUAUUGGUAUAUACAUGAGCAUUAAGCUAGGAGAAUUCUUAGCUAAUCCUUGAU